ACCUGCUCAAGCACAGGAACGGACGCCUAACCUGAACAAAGGACUCCGAGACGCCAGACACACCACACACUCUAUUCUGGACUGUAUUUUACUUCAGCAAAGACUGAAUCAUGUGUUCUGGAAAUUUCGCCAAAUGCCUGGGGAUAACCCUCCUCCCUCUGGCCAUCAUCUGUGUCAUCUGCAACAUUAUGCUGUUUUUCCCUGGCGGUACAGUAGCCGAAGAGAGUACCGACAUCACGGAUGAAGUCUUUUACUUUGGAGGCAUCCUGGGAUCUGGUGUGCUGAUGAUUUUCCCUGCGCUGGUUUUCCUGGGUUUGAAGAACAACGACUGCUGCGGCUGCUGUGGGAAUGAGAGCUGCGGAAAACGUUUUGCGAUGUUCAGCUCCAUUCUGUUCGCCGCGGCCGGAGCUGUGGGCGCCGCUUACUCCGUUAUCGUGUCUUGUGUGGCCAUUAACCACGGGCCCAAGUGCUUCACUAACCAAAUCAACGGCACUGUCGACGCGACUAACGCCACUUACCCAUUUGUCGACGGAAACUACCUGUCCAACAGAACGCUGUGGAGUGAAUGUGCAGGUCCGGGCGAUAUCGUCACGUGGCAUCUGACCCUGUUCUCAAUCCUGCUGAUCACUGGUCUGGUUCAGAUCGGUCUGUGUGCCUUCCAGGUGAUCAACGGGCUCAUCGGCACCAUCUGUGGAGACUGCUGUGGCUGCUGCGGGAGCUCCUAAACCAAUCAGAAUGGACAUGGCUCAAUAACUCUUCAGGACUAAUCACACAUCCAUAUCUGUACUUCUCAACAGUUUCUCACCUCAUGAUGUGUAUUUAUACUGUUCAGGUGGAUAUUGUUUGCUUCCGUGUUUGCUGUAUCCGCCUGAUGGCUGAUGGCUUAUGAGGGUGACAUACAGUAUAUAGUUAUAUAUAGAUUUACAUGAUAUAGGAUAUAUACUGUAUUGAUACAUAAUAUAAAGAAUACUGGAUAUUUAUUCAAACUGCAAGAGAAUGUUAUUUUCAUACAAGUAUUUAGUCUUUUUUUUUCAUGAUGGAUGAAGGGACCGUGCAAAUAUAUGGAAUAUUUGAUAAAAGAUAACAUUUUUUUCUUUUUAUCUCAGGAAAUUGGUUGAAAUGUAUUGCUAUAUUAGUAAAAUAAUAUUUGACACUUAAUAAACUCUUUAAAAAGC